GCUAACUGUGUCGACUCUACUGCUGCCCCCGAGGCUGUCUUUGCCAGUGAGAUUGAGAAGCUCAAGAAGGACAAGCUGAGACCCAAGGAGCAGCUUACCUUGGAGCCCUACCACAGAGACCAUGCUGUGGUUAUUGGUCAAUACCGACCUAUGAAGCAUAGGAAGGCCGAACUCCUGAGGAGUACCGAGAAGGAGCUUGCCAAGGUAGAGACGAAGAGAGCUAAGGAAGAGGCUGAGCGACUAAAGGUAGGAGACGAUGUGAUGGAGGUGUACUGA